CGAACUCCCACUCCAAACUCCCAAUCCCCUUCCCACAAACACGCUGCCUCCAUUCCUUUCCAUUCGGAGGCUAAACCAAUCCCUCCCUGAUAUCAUGGCUGCCUCACCGCCGCCGCCGACCACCGCCCGCCGGAACCGUACCCGCCGCGGCGAGCCGCCCUCGACCACGGCCUCUCCGCCGCCUCCCACCACCAUCCGCCGGAACCCUCCCCGUCUCGGCAGGCCGCCGCCGACCCCGACUCCGACUCCGGCCCGCUCCACCAAAUCAAAACCCAAAUCCAAACCACUCUCACGCCUCCUCGACGAAGAAGUAGUAGUCACCGCCGCCGGCAUUUCCCCCCUCCCCCCUCCUCCUCCCACUCCCCCCGACGACACUGCCCCUACUCCCGCUCCUCCUCCCACUCCCCCUGCCGACGCCGGCAUUUCUCCUAUCCCCCCUCCUCCUCCUCCUAACCCCACCGCCAUCGUGCUCUCCUCCUCGUCGCAGUCGGCGGAGGAGCGGCUGAAGGUAUACCUCCGCAUCCGCCCCCUCCCGGCCCCGGAGCGGGAGCGCGGCGGCAAGCCUGGCGGUCGCCCCAAGGCCAAGGAGCAGCAGGCCAGGAAGCCACCCAAGCAGGCCGGGGACGGGGUCUGCCUCGUCGCCACGGGCCCCAACUCCGUCGCCCUCACCGUCCCGCAGUCCAAGCUCGUCGACCACAAGCGCGGCCGCACCGAGGUCUUCGACGGAUUCUCCGCUGUCCUGCCACCUGACUGCUCGCAGCAUGACCUCUUCAGUCAGGUGAUGAAUCCACUUGUGGAUGACUUUUUGGGAGGAAAGAGUGGCCUCCUGGUUGCAAUGGGUCCGACUGGGUCUGGGAAGACGCAUACCGUCUUUGGCACUGCAAGACAUCCUGGUAUUGUACCACUCACGCUACAGAAGAUCUUCAAUACAGAAGAUGAAAGCGAUGUUGGCAGUCAACCGACAAGAUCGUUUUGCUUGUCAAUGUUUGAGAUACUUUCUGAAGGAAAAGCAGAAAGGAUUCUCGACCUACUGUCUGAUGCAGCUGACCUUGUCCUCCAGCAGUCAUCUAUAAUUAAAGGUCUUAAAGAGGUGGAUAUUUCAAAUUUCAUGGAUGCUGAGAGCUUAGUUUCACGUGGUAUGCUUAAGCGUAGCACAGCUGCAACAAAUGCUAACAGCGAGUCAAGCCGAUCACAGUGCAUUAUCACUGUACGUGCUACUCAUAAAAAUAAUGACCUACAAAGUGAGCACCUGAUUGGUGGAUCUGUUCUGACCAUAGCAGACCUUGCCGGCGCGGAGAGAAAAAAGAGCACCGGAAAUAUGGGUUCAAGGUUGUUAGAGAGUAAUUUCAUCAACAACACAUCCAUGGUUUUUGGAAACUGUUUGAGGGCUUUGUUAGAUCAUCAGAAAAAUCAGAAGAAAACCUUGGAAAAACAUUUCAAGAACUCAAUGUUGACAAGGUACUUGAGAGAUUAUCUGGAAGGAAGGAAGAAAAUGACACUUAUUUUGAAUGUGAAACAAGGAGAUGAUGAUUACUCGGAUACAUCAUAUUUGCUCAGACAAGCAUCUCCUUACAUGAAAAUAAGAUACACCAGCCUUGACGAUUCUUCUGACUUGGCUUCCCAAAAGAGAAGCAGUGUUUCUCUGAUUUGCCAAGAAAACAAGAAAAGAAGAAAAGUUCAUAAGCCUGAAGCUCUUACGGCUGAAGGAAAGGGCAGCGUUGAUAAAUCUGAUGAAAUUAAACUUUCUGAAAAAGAUGAAUUUCUCAAUUCAGAGCUGCAAAGAGUGUCCCGAAAUGAACAAAUAAUGAAGAACCUUUUCAGGGCCCUAUGGGCUGUUUCAAAACAAAAACUUAUGGAAUCUGAGAGCGCAGCUAGAAGCAUGAAAGAAUUGCUCAGUGAGAAAGACAACCAAAUUAGAGAGCUGAAAAAGGAGUUGAAUGACCUUAAGUCUUGUUCACACGAGAAGUUUCCGGUUGAUGAAGAUACCCCUGGUCAAGCUGCUCUAAGCUCGGCUUCUCAAUCUAAUCAAACUGACAUGGGAUCCAAUGACGUUGCAUUCGAUGAUUUCAAUUUGGGCACUGAGUUAGUAGUAGAAGAGGUGUCAGAAGAAUUCAGAUGUUAUGAUUCUGAAAAAUCUUCAGCUAAUUCUGACAAGAAAGGGAAGUUCGUUGACUGUGAUACCUCAAGAUAUCUGAAGACAGAGGAACCGUGUACUUCUGAUGCUUUUGCUCCCAAGUGCAAUGUCCAAAAGGAAAGUACCAAGAUAAUGGGACAAAUGGUUGAUAAGAAAUUGGAUAAUUCUGAGAGUUUCUCUGAACAAGCAUCUGUGCAUGAUGUUGCUGUAACACAUGCAACCAGGCAUUUCGAUCAUCCAUCUGAUCAAAGCUUUACAGAUCAUCAUAUACUUCCAUGUAUAAAGAGUGAACAUGCCAACCCGUCCCCACAUGGUUGUGGUCCCAUGGAACUACGUGAAGAAGAGUUAAGCAAACUGGAGGAUAGUCAACAUGACGUUGAUGUAAAAGGAACUACAGAUGAGAAACAGAACUGUCCGUCACAAGUUAUUAAAGAUAAAGGGGACCAUCAGGCAGAAGGAAUCACAGAUAAAAAAGAGGACCUUUCUGCUUCCCAGCCUAGGAAGACAAAGAAAAAUACAAGGAGGUUGCUGCCGAUAUCGGCCAUGAUGCUAAAAGAUUUCACCGGGCACAACAUGGAUGUUGCCGCGGAUGCGAAGAGGGCAGCGGAUGUAGGCGGUAAAUCGUCAGGUGAGGCUGCUCCAGGUGGGAGAUCGGAGAAGCUAAUUCAGCUGCUGAAAGCCCGUCCGGUCACUAAGAAUCACCACCGUUGCUAAGCCGUACACUAGAAUUUAUUUUUUGUUUUGUUUAGGAAGAGAAAGAUGGCGUAACAGAUAGUGAAAUCAUGUCCACUUGGUGCUUUGUCUAUAUCUCCACGGUACUUGCUUUUAUAUGACUUCUGUGAACCCGGUUUAAGGCCAAUCAUCGGAUGAAAGGGAAAAUUUGAAGUCCCUGUCA